GGUUGGGGACGUGAACACCUUUUCCCUGACGCAGAAGAGCGUCUGGUCUGUAUUUUAAUAUUAGGAGAUGCUAUCCUGUUCCCCCUCCCAGGCUGUUUCAGAGCUGGAGAGAUGACAAACCGGCUGGUAAUUGUCGAGGACAUCCAUCGAAGAAACAGGCUGUUCGGUCCUACACGCCCGUGAUAGCGUCCCUCCUCCACACCAGCUUGCUCCUGACUUCCUCAUGUGCUCCGUCCAACGUACUGUUUCAAAUGAUCUAAAGUGUGGCCGCCACAAACUGCAUACACACACCCACAGUAGCAGCACAGAGAGAGCUCGUAUUACUGCAGCAAGACGGCCGGUACCCAACCACAGUUUAAAACAUGUCCCAUUCUACAGAAAAAGCGCACGAAGACCAGUAAAAUGUCCUGAAAGUUGUAUAUGUACUGAAGAAACUGCUCAGUGUGAAAACAGAAAAUCGAUUCCUCAGAGUUUUCCCCCAGGAGUAGUUCAUUUGUCAUUCAUGAAGUCUGGUUUCAGUGAAAUUCCAGAAAGAAGCUUUGUGAAUAUAAAGUCCCUCCAGCUUCUUUUGUUUACGUCGAACACAUUUUAUUCAAUUGCUGAUGAUGCAUUCAAGGGUCUUGAUCAUCUGAAAUAUCUUUUUAUAGAGAAUAAUAAAAUCCAGUCCAUUUCAAGACAUGCUUUCCGAGGCCUCAAGACAGUUUCUCAUUUAAGUUUGGCGAAUAACAACCUUCAAACCCUUCCUAAAGACUUAUUCAAAGGCCUGGAUUCAUUAACUAAUAUAGAUCUUAGAGGCAACUCUUUCCACUGUGAUUGCAAACUGAAAUGGUUGGUAGGAUGGUUGAUUUAUACCAAUGCAACAGUUGAUCCGAUCUAUUGUGCAAGUCCAAGGAAGUAUAAUGACACAAAAAUAAGCCGCCUUCCGCUGAAAGAAUUUGACUGUCUUACUGCAGAUUUUGUCAUUUACCAGACCUUGAAAUUUCAGUCCUUGUCAAUUGAAAGCUUCACUUACAUGAAUGAUAUUUAUGUAGCAAUUGCCCAACCUGUGGCUGGAAACUGUGGCAUCCUUGAAUGGGAUCAUGUUGAAAUGGUCUUCAGGAAUUUCGACAACAUUACUGGCACUUCUACAGUAUUCUGUAAACCACUGAUCAUUGACAAUCAGCUGUUUGUAGUUGUUGCCCGGCUUUUUGGUGGCUCUCACAUUUACAAAAGGGAUAUUUCUGCCAACAAGUUUAUUAAGAUCCAGGAUAUAGAUACUUCAAAAAUCAGAAAGCCAAAUGAUAUUGAAUCAUUUCAAAUAGAAGGAGAAUGGUUUUUCGUUAUUGCUGACAGCUCCAAGGGUGGGACUACUACGAUAUAUAAAUGGAAUGGAAAUGGAUUUUACUCUCAUCAAUCAUUGCAUCGUUGGUACAGAGAUAUAGAUGUGGAGUACCUUGAAAUAGCUAACAAGCCACAUUUAAUCUUACUAAGUCUUUUCCAACGACCUGUUAUCUAUCAAUGGAACAAAGGGAGGAAAGAAUUUGUUUGGCGUAUUGAUAUUCCUGAGACAGAUAAUGUAUAUGCAGUUAAACAUUUUAAAAUCAGAGACAAUUUAUAUAUUUGCUUAACAAGAUUCCUUGGUGACUCCACAAUAAUGAAAUGGAAUGUUUCCAUGUUUGUGGAAGUACAGACAUUUCCAUCACGGGGAUCCAUGGUAUUGCAGCCUCUUAAAUUAAAUAAAUGGCGAUACGCCAUUCUGGGAAAUGACUAUUCAUUUACUGAGAUUUUUCAAUGGGACACAGCCAAAGGAAAAUUUAUGAAAUUUAAUGAAGUCAUCAUCCAGGCUCCAAGGGCAUUCACUGCUGUAUUGGCUGAUAACCGUGAGUUUUUGUUUGCCUCAAGUUUUAAAGGAAAUACACAAAUAUAUGAGCAUAUUAUAGUUGACACAAGUGGAACAUGAGAAUGCUGACUUUGAUGUAUUUAUGUAUCACAAAAAUACUUCUUCAAACCACAGUGAACACUCUCAUAUAACUGGGUAUGUUAAUGAAGUCCAUGCAUGAUUUUUUUAUUGCUGUAUUUUAAAAUGAAGGCUGUUUUUAAUUAAUAUCACAAGAAGAGCAGUACUCCAUGUUAUUUUCCACUAAUCGUCUAUUCAGGUAACAUGUACAAUGAUACAAACUGAUUCUUAUUGAAUUAAUUUCCACUUACUCAGUUGGCACCUUCAUGCAAAAUCUAACCAUAGGCAGGCAAAACUUGUUAAGGAUAGCUAAUAAACUUCUGAUGUCAAAUAAAAAGAAAA